AGCGUCUUAACCAUUGCUUCCUAGGUAUCGGGGUGAGCGAGGCGGAUCGAUACCACUUUCCUUACAAGCUGUAAAAUAGGAAAGAGGGAGAAUGAAUGACCUCUGGUGUCUGCCCUGCCGGCGGCCCACCUUCCCCGGGCUCCCCAGGGCGCUUUCGGGCGGGGCCUCGCUUCCGGGAACGCCGGCGCUCAGUCCUUCCGGUCGCCAGUGGCGGUUGCUAGGCUACUCGCGCCCGCGCAGAAAGCGGUGGCAGCUUCUCCUGUGUAAUCCGCCGCCCUUUUGGAAAUUAGGCAGAGGUUGCGGCAGCAUGCGAUGUCACUGACUGGCUUUCAGCAUACCAUGCAGAAGUAACAUGUUCCCGGCAUUGGAAACAGAGCGAAAGCAAGAGAUUAUUCCUGAUCCCUAUGAGGACUUCAUGUACCGUCAUCUCCAGUACUAUGGCUACUUUAAAGCUCAGAGAGGCAGUUCACCAAAUUCAGCUACACAUCAGCAUGUUCAGAAGAAUAAUUCUCGGUAUCUACUGAAUGUCUCUUUUGGAGAAAGAAAUGUUUUGAUACCAGAUACCCUGCAAAAGGAGAAACUUCUAUAUUCGCUUAUGUUGAGUUCGCCACUUCUUAGGAGCAAACAGCUUCUUUUUGAUGAGUUGAACCAAGUAAACCCACGUCUUCGAGAACCUCGAGAACUCUUUGCCUUUUUCUCUAGCAAAGGAACACUUCAGGCUCCAAGAUGGCCAAUAGAAUGUGAGGUCAUCAAAGAAAGCAUUCAUCAUAUUGAGUGGGUUCCACCUCAGCCAGAAUAUUUCUAUCAACCUACAGGAAAUGAAAAAGUACCGGAAAUUGUAGGAGAGGAAAAAGGCACAGUUGUCUACCAUUUAGAUUCAGUGCCCACUGAAGGUUCCUAUUUCACUGGUUCAAGAGUGGGAGGCAAGCGAGGAAUUAUCAAGGAAAUUUCUGUCACAUUGCAAGGACCAGAAGAUAAUACUCUACUCUUUGAAUCAAGGUUUGAGAGUGGGAAUCUGCAAAAAGCUGUCCGAGUAGACACCUACGAGUAUGAACUCACCUUGCGAACUGACCUCUACACCAAUAAACACACUCAGUGGUUUUAUUUUCGAGUUCAAAACACCAGGAAAGAUGUCACAUAUCGCUUCACCAUUGUCAACUUGCUGAAGCCUAAGAGCCUGUACGCUGUGGGGAUGAAGCCACUCAUGUACUCCCAAUUGGAUGCCAACACCUACAACAUUGGCUGGAGGAGAGAAGGAGAUGACAUCAAGUACUACAAGAACAACACAGAGGAUGGGCAGCAAUCUUUCUACUGUCUCACGUGGACCAUUCAGUUUCCACAUGACCAGGACACUUGCUUCUUUGCACACUUUUACCCAUAUACAUACACUGAUUUGCAGUGCUACCUCUUGUCAGUGGCAAAGAACCCCAUCCAGUCUCAGUUCUGCAAGCUCCGAACUUUAUGCAGGAGCUUAGCAGGAAAUACUGUCUACUUGCUCACCAUCACCAACCCAUCCCUGACCCCUCAUGAGGCGGCUGCAAAGAAAGCUGUGGUCUUGAGUGCCAGAGUGCACCCUGGGGAAAGUAAUGCCUCCUGGAUUAUGAAAGGCUUUUUGGAUUUCAUCCUUAGUAACUCCCCAGAUGCCCAGCUCCUCAGGGAUAUUUUUGUCUUCAAGGUAGUUCCCAUGUUAAAUCCAGAUGGUGUGAUUGUUGGAAAUUACCGGUGUUCAUUGGCUGGAAGGGACUUGAAUAGGCAUUAUCAAACGCUCCUAAAGGAGUCUUUUCCUUGCAUCUGGCACACCAGAAACAUGAUCAAAAGACUUCUUGAAGAAAGAGAGGUUCUUUUAUAUUGUGAUUUUCAUGGUCACAGCCGCAAGAAUAAUAUCUUCCUAUAUGGCUGCAAUAACAACGACCGCAAGCACUGGCUUCACGAGCGCGUCUUUCCUUUAAUGUUAAGCAAAAAUGCACCAGAUAAGUUCUCUUUUCAUAGUUGUAAUUUUAAGGUCCAAAAGUGCAAAGAAGGAACAGGUCGAGUCGUGAUGUGGCGAAUGGGAAUCCUAAACAGCUAUACCAUGGAGUCUACUUUCGGUGGGUCCACCCUAGGCAGUAAAAGAAACAUUCACUUUACUAUUGAGGACCUGAAGUCCCUAGGUUAUCACGUCUGUGACACCCUUCUGGAUUUCUGUGAUCCUGACCAAACCAAGUUUACUCAGUGUCUAGCCGAACUCAGGGAACUCUUACAACAGGAAAUCCACAAGAAAUUCAAUGAACUUGGAGAAGAUGUGAAUUUAGAAGGGAAUUGGAGUGACAUCUCUUUGUCUGACAUUGAAUCCAGCACCAGUGGUUCUGACAGCUCCCUCUCAGAUGGUCUACCUGUUCACCUACUGAACAUAGUAGAUGAGUUGAAUCAAAAGAUGAUGUCAAAGAAGAAAAAAAAGAAGCCACUUCAGACUAGGAAACAGCGAAAUGAGAAACAUCAGAAAAAUAAGUUGAUGCCAGACUUCACGUUAACAGAAGAGGCCUUGGAAAGGGCAGAACUUGCUCCUACUCUGCAAAAGCAGCCUACCUUUUACAAAAAUUUGGAGAAUUCCAGGUCUUCAGUAAUGAAAAAUGAAAAACUAAGCCUCGGCGAGACACAGUUAAGUGGAAGAGAGAGAAACAUCUCCAUGGACCCACAAAUGACCCUGAUUCUACGUAAGAAUAAAGAGAAAAUGCAGAGUAAGAAGUCAGGUUUUACAGCAUCGUGCCCCCAGAGAGGAAGCACAGACUCCAGCCACGAGCCAGCUCCAGGAUGCCAAGAUGCCUGCAGGAAAAUUUGCUAUCGAGCGGACCAGGGCCACGGCACACAUUUCCCCUCCAGCUUCUGAAUUGUAUCCUCUGCUUCUGAAACUGAAGUUGCCUUGCUUUUCCCCCUCCAUGGUUAUGUCACACCUUCUCCCUGGCCUAAAGUCCCCUGCUUCCUCUCUGCUCCCACCUUCCACCAGCCAGGAGCCCUGCUAGGAGGCAGGUGGUUCAGAACCAGGCUGGAGUGCGGCAGGGGGAGGGAGAAAACUGCAGAACUCUCUUUGGCAAGUUUGUUUUGCUGUGGUUUUGGCAAAAUGAUUCCAGAACAAUUUUAGAUGUAUUAUAUGAUAGAACAAAUAAAUAAAUGUGUUGAGUUGUUAAGAAAAAAAAAAAGAACAGCGGGAGACAAACAAACAAAAAAAACCACUAGAGAAUGGAUUGGAAUUGGAGGUAUCUGUAUGAACCCAUGCUUUCCAAAAUGUAGCAUUCAUCUCUCCAUGUCUGGGGAUGGGGGCGGAUCUACGACCCUCUGUGUGUACCAAAGUCCAAGUAUGCUCAAGUCCCUUAUAUAAAAUGGUGUAGGCUGGGGGUGUAGCUUAGGGGUAGAGAGUGUUCUUAGCAUGCAGUUGGCUCUGGGUUCAAUCCCAGUAACCACCCCCAAAAAAACCCACAAAAUGAUACAGUAUUUCUCUCUAGUCUACCCACAUCCUCCCGUAUACUUUAAAUAAUCUGUAGGUUACUUAUAAUAUCUAAUGCAAUAUAAACACUAUGUAAAUGUUUGCUAUACCAUAUUGUUUAGGGAAUAAUGACAAGAAAAAAUUCUGUACAUAGUUAGCAUAGAUGCAAAUUUUUCCCUGAGUAUUUUCA